UCUCUAGCCGAAUUAAGAUUCUUGACUUCUACAGUUUUCUAAAGAACAACUUGAACACCAAAGUUUAGCUGGUAUUUGCCUAAACUGGAACUUAUGGUGUAGCUAUUUCUUUGUGGAUUUGUCUGAAAGCCUAAGAUGGGUGUCUGAGCUGGUGCAAACUAGUCACAAAGCAGUUAACAGGAAAAGAAUAACUGUGGUCCAUUAGUAAGGGAAGAAAAGGAAGCAAUGACAGAAGGCCUGGAGUUGGUGGUGCCAGUUAAACUGGUAAACAUUGCUAUCUUCAGAAAAUAAGGCAUGAGAGGCAAGGAAGAAAGGACAUUCAUCUUGGAAGGACCCAAAAUACUUUGAAAUUUUAAAGCAAUGUAAUGAUAGCUGCUAAAACUACCAUAAUGGAUGAAGUACUUCAAAUUUAACUGUAACUGGGCCCCAUAUCACCGAUCCUACUCCAGCCUCCUUAUGUGCUUCAUGAUCUCAUACUGAUUGGAAAAAGGAUGAUUUAAUGGAUGCCUACAAAAUACAUCAUUAGAAAGAUUGAUUAUACUUAACAAGAGCUGCUAUGAUACAUAGGGGAGGUGAAAACUAACAGAUGAAAGUUUUGCCAUGCACUGAAAGGAAAGUGUUGUCUGUGAAGUUCUAUUUUUAAAAAUGUCUGCUUGUAACACCUUUACUGAACACGUUUGGAAACCUGGUGAAUGCAAGAACUGCUUUAAACCUAAACGCUUACAUCAGCUGCCUCCAGACCCCGAGAAGGCACCCAUCUCCCAUGGCAAUGUGAAAACUAAUGCCAAUCACAGUAACAACCAUCGCAUCAGAAACACCAGAAACUUCCGGCCUCCUGUGGCUAAAAAACCCACUAUAGCUGUGAAGCCCACUAUGAUGGUAGCAGGUGGGCAAAGUGUGUGUGGUGAGCUUAGCAUCCAAGAACACUGUGAGGACAAACCUGUCAUUACAGGGAGGAGCCAAAGCAGGACGGCCUUGACUCAGAAACCACUUCCUAAUAAUAAUUAUAAUGCAGAUGGUAUUGAAGGACUUAGCCACGUUCCUAAACCUUAUGGCAAUAAUGGUAGUGCAAAGAAGGGAUCAAAUAACAACAAUGGACUAACUGAAGUGUUGAAAGAGAUAGCAGGCUUGGAUACUACCCCUCAGAUCAGAGGAAAUGAAACAAACUCCAGAGAAACAUUCUUAGGAAGAAUAAAUGACUGCUAUAAACAAUCACUGGAAAGAAAGCUUCCACCGAGUUGCAUGAUGGGUGGGAUAAAGGACACUCAGGGCAGGCACGUUAUUCUGAGUGGGAGCACAGAAGUGAUCAGUAACGAAGGGGGCCGCUUCUGUUACCCGGAGUUUUCUAGUGGUGAGGAGAGUGAGGACGACGAGCUUCUUGGUAACAUGGAGGAGGAGCGUGAGAGCUGGGAUGAGAGUGACGAGGAGCUGCUGGCCAUGGAGAUUCGCAUGCGAGGGCAGCCGCGCUUCGCCAACUUCAGGGCGAACACCUUGUCCCCUGUUCGAUUUUGUGUGGACAAAAAAUGGAAUACUGUCCCUCUGCGAAAUAAGUCUCUACAAAGAAUCUGUGCUGUGGACUAUGAUGACAGUUAUGAUGAAAUCCUGAAUGGUUAUGAUGAGAAUUCUCUGGUGUCCUAUGGACCAGGAAGCGUUCAGAGCAUGGUGUCGUCGGACACCACAUCACCAGACUCUUCUUUAACAGAAGAAUCACGUUCUGAGACAGCCAGUAGUCUAUCCCAGAAGGUCUGUCAUAGGGGACCAUCUCCUGGUAACCCCGGAGAUUCCAAGGACAUGAAGGAAAGGGAGCCCGAUUAUGAAAGCCUGUCUGGUAAUAAUCAGAAGGAGUCAUCCUCACAGCCAUCCACAGGCUCCGCGAAAGUUCCGGAGACACACAAAGCAGUCCUUGCUCUCCGGCUGGAAGAGAAGGAUGGCAAGAUUGCUGUACAAACUGAGAAGCAAGAGAGUAAAGCCUCUACAGAUAUCACCGGGCACGCAAUAACCAUAAACCUCGUUCCUGCAGAAGAACAAGCGAAGCCCUACCGCGUUGUGAAUCUCGAACAGCCGCUGUGCAAGCCGUACACUGUCGUGGACGUGUCGGCAGCCAUGGCCAGCGAGCACCUGGAGGGCCCUGUCCACAGCCCCAAGACCAAAAGCUCAUCUUCUACCCCAAACUCUCCAGUGACAUCACCUCCAUCGACACCAGGACAAAUAAGUGCCCAUUUCCAAAAGUCCAGUGCAAUUCGGUACCAGGAGGUAUGGACUUCCAGUACCAGUCCACGCCAAAAGAUACCUAAGGUGGAAUUAAUUAGUGGUGGAACUGGGUCAAAUGUCCCCCCAAGGAAAAGCUGUCACAAGUCAGCACCCACGUCACCCAUAGCUACAAACAUUUCUUCCAAAACCAUCCCUGUUAAGUCACCUAAUUUGUCUGAAAUAAAAUUUAAUAGUUAUAACAAUGCUGGUAUGCCGCCUUUUCCAAUCAUCAUUCAUGACGAACCAACGUAUGCUCGGAGUUCCAAAAAUGCUAUCAAAGUUCCCAUUGUAAUCAAUCCAAAUGCAUAUGACAAUCUAGCCAUUUAUAAAAGUUUUCUCGGCACAAGUGGAGAACUUUCAGUGAAGGAAAAAACCACGAGUAUAAUAAGCCAUACUUACGAAGAAAUAGAAACUGCAAGCAAAGUGUCUGAUGACACCUCCAGCAAGGCCACCGAAUGUCCCCAAACUAAAGGGUCUGCAGACAGCACCGAGUGGAAGAGGGGCUCAGUGGCCCAGAAGGUCCAGGAGUUUAACAGCUGUCUUAACAGAGGUCAGUCUUCACCACAGAGAAGCUAUAGUUCCGGCCAUAGCUCCCCAACCAAGAUCCAGAGAACCACUCAAGAGCCUGCUGCCGAAACAGAAGGCACCCAGGAGCCACAGAUGCCGGGCAGCGGCAGCCGGGAGAAGGCAAGCACAGUGCUUUCUCAGAUUGUGGCUUCUAUCCAGCCCCCACAGUCUCCGCCAGAAGUGCCCCCGUCUGGUCCGAAGGCGUGCAGUGUGGAAGAGCUUUAUGCAGUUCCUCCAGACGCUGGUGCUGCCAGGAGUACACCAGUCCGGCCCAAAUCUCUCUUUACAUCGCAGCCCAGUGGUGAGGCUGAAGCCCUUCAGACCACAGAAAACCUUAUCACCAAAGUGCAGAAAGAUCCACUGGCAAAGCCAGUCACCAGCCCUCCCUCCAAACUAGUGACUGAUCCCCACAGUGAGCCCCCACCUCCCUUCCCCCCACCACGCUCUACUUCCUCCCCUUACCAUGCAAGUAACCUUUUGCAGAAGCAUUUCACCAACUGGAGCAAGCCUACCAGCCCUCCCAGGUCAACAGAAGCUGAAUCAGUUUUGCACUCGGAAGGCAGCAGGCGAGCAGCGGAUGCAAAACCUAAACGCUGGAUAUCAUUUAAAAGCUUCUUCCGCCGUCGUAAAACAGAUGAGGAGGACGACAAAGAGAAAGACCGCGAGAAAGGGAAACUGGUGGGCCUCGAUGGCACAGUCAUCCACAUGCUGCCCCCUCCCCCGGUCCAGCGCCAUCACUGGUUCACGGAGGCAAAAGGGGAACCCAGUGAGAAGCCUGCCAUCAUCUUCAUGUACAGGUGUGACUCUGCCCAGGGCCAGCUGGGGGCAGAGAGCUCCACCAGGGCCGACCAGCCCGUGGGUGUGGGGAAGGCUGCCGCAGAGAAUGGGGCACCGCAGGGCUCGGAGAAGAAGACAAGGACCCAUUCUUCUCCAUCCCAGAUCCCUAAAGACAUUCUCAGUCAUGUGACCGAUGAAGUGACAGAGGAUUUUUCUCCUUGGGAUCCAAGAACUGUUGUGAAGCAAGAUGGUAGGAGCUGCACACCAGCAUUGUCCCUGCCUGAGCUGGAAAGGGAAGAGGAAAAAAAAGACAUUUCAGAUCCUGUGGACCCAAAUCCCUGUAGUGCAACCUACAGCAACUUAGGGCAAUCUAGAGCAGCUAUGAUACCUCCGAAGUAUCCACGGCAGCCUAAGGGAGUUUUGGAUGAUGCCAUUACCUUUGGUGGGAAAACAGACCAAGAAGCACCUAAUGAUUCCCAACCUACACCACCCCCACUGCCAAAGAAAAUGAUCGUAAGAGCCAAUACAGAGCCAAUCUCCAAAGACCUCCAAAAACCCAUGGAAACUAGUCUUUGUGUCAUGGCUAAUCCUACCUACGAUAUCGACCCCAACUGGGAUACCAGCAGUGCUAGCUCUUCCAUCAGUUAUGAACUCAAGGGACUGGACCUUGAGUCUUAUGACUCCUUGGACAGACCUUUGCACAAGGAGCGCCCUGUCCCCUCAGCAGCAAACAGCAUCUCCAGCUUAGCCACUGUCAGUGUUAAGGACAGAUUUUCUAACAGCAUGGAGUCCCUGUCCAGUCGGCGUGGUCCCUCCUGCAGACAGGCCCGGGGCAUCCAGAAGCCACAGCGACAAGCAUUUUAUCGAGGACUUGAGAAUCAGGAAGAAGUGGUGGGAAAAAUCCGAAGCCUUCAUACAGAUGCCUUGAAGAAACUGGCUGUUAAAUGCGAAGAUGUCUUCAUGGCUGGGCAGAAAGACCAGCUCCGUUUUGGGGUGGACAGCUGGUCAGAUUUCAGGCUCACCAGUGACAAGCCAUGUUGUGAGGCAGGAGAUGCUGUCUACUACACAGCUUCAUAUGCAAAAGAUCCACUUAAUAACUAUGCAGUCAAGAUCUGUAAGAGCAAAGCCAAAGAGUCACAGCAGUACUAUCAUAGCUUGGCUGUUCGGCAGAGCCUGGCUGUCCAUUUUAACAUCCAGCAGGACUGUGGUCAUUUCCUUGCCGAAGUUCCUAAGCGUCUACUGCCCUGGGAGGGUCCCGAUGCCCCAGAAGAGGAAGAAGAUGAAAUUCAAGAGAAUGAAGAGGGUGUGAGAGACCCUGAUGGGGAAAGCGCAGAGCCCUGCUCUGAAGCAGAGUCACCCCAGAAGGAGAGUCCGGGAGCCAUCGGCAGGACGCAGAGGAGCCACGUAGUGGUCAUCACCAGGGAGGUCCCCCGCCUCACCGUGGCUGAUUUUGUGCGGGACUCCCUGGCCCAGCAUGGGAGGAGCCCUGACUUAUACGAGAGGCAGGUGUGUCUGCUGCUCUUACAGCUGUGCUCUGGCCUUGAGCACCUCAAACCCUACCAUGUCACUCACUGCGACCUCCGCCUGGAGAACCUGCUGCUGGUCCACUACCAGCCCGGGGCCACUGGCCAGGGCCUUGGGCCUGCAGAGCCCCGCCCCACCUUCUCUCGUCCCACUAGGCUCAUCGUAAGCAACUUCUCUCAGGCCAAGCAGAAGAGCCACCUGCUGGAUGCUGACAUCCUCCGGGACCAGUCCCGCCUCGCCCCCGAGAUUGUCACGGCCACCCAGUACAGAAAGUGUGAUGAGUUUCAGACAGGCAUCCUCAUCUACGAGCUGCUCCACUUGCCCAACCCCUUUGACGAGAGCCCAGAGCUGAAGGAGAAGGAGUACACGCGAGCAGACUUGCCUCGCAUCCCACUCCGCUCCCCCUACUCCUGGGGCUUGCAGCAGCUAGCUGGCUGCCUCUUGAACCCCAACCCCUCGGAGAGGAUCCUCAUCUCUGAGGCCAGAGGCAUCCUGCAGUGUCUGCUCUGGGGCCCCCGGGAAGACCUCUUCCAGAUGUUGAGCACUGCCCCCAGCCCAGGGCAGAGGAAUGCCCUGCUCCAGAACUGGCUGGACAUAAGGCGGACACUGCUCAUGAUCAAGUUUGCUGAGAAGUCCCUGGACAGGGAGGGUGGGGUCAGCCUUGAGGACUGGCUCUGUGCUCAGUAUUUGGCUUUUGCCACUCCAGACUCCCUCAGCUGUGUCGUGAAGAUCCUGCAACACCGUUAAUGCAUCCUGGUCACUACUUUUCCUUUGCUGUCAUCGUAUUCAAGUCACCCACAUCUUCCCUGGCCUUGAACUCACAGAACUCAAGGAAAGGAGAGUGAGACUGUCCAUCCCUGUCCACAAACCAAGGAGCCCACUCAGAAAGGUAUCCACAGCUCCAAAUUGAGUGACCAGCUGAGUGUCUUAUCUUUACAGAAACUCAACUGCACAAGCAUCCAGCUGCCUCCCACUGGAGCGCCUUUCAUCCUGAUUGUCCCACAAAUGCAGAUAAAAAAUUAACAUUUUUGAAGGGAUCACUUUUUUGGUAUGAACUCAGUGAGCUGUGUCCAGUUCUUCCAUAAUUCUAAAUUCCACCUGCCUUUUUAACACCAAGUAUUUAUUCUCAUUAGCAAUAGAUAGAUUUAACCAAUUCUUACCGUCAUCCACUAAGCUCUCACAACAGACUUUCUCCCUCUGUUACCAGGCAGAACUGCCAUCCUUAAUGUCAGCCCAGUUUGGGUUCCAGGGACGAUAUUCUUAGUUCCACCAGGUAGUAGAAGGACAAGGAGUGAUCCCACCACUUGGGUCACGAACCCUUUUUCAUUUCUGUUAUCGAUAAGUAGGUGCACUGCAUGAGGAUGGCCCUAACUGUCCCCUCUGCUGCCACUGCCUGGUUCUCCUGCACCUCCGCUCUGUCCCCACUUGCCAAUGAAGUUUGGCUUUAUUGCCACUUGUGGCCUAUUACAAAGCUGACCCAUGGUGGUAUGUGUCACCAGUGCCUCAGCAGGCUGAAGUGCAGUUCAGAUCCUAUAGUUGCCAGUCCACAGGAGAUGACUUUCCUGAAUGUGCAAUUCUCUAGGGACCAUCAGGGCACCAGUUUAAAGUACUGUUCUUUGAUUUCUGUCAGAGUUGGCAGCCAGGGCUGGUGGUGCCCAGAUCACAGUUUUUCUCCAGGCAGUCACUGGCUGCUGGCUUCCUUCUAUCAGCACCCAGUUAACUCAUCUACCAAGUGCCCUGAAUGAAGGGCUGUCGGUUGAGCUCUCAGAUCUCCUUAGAGAGCAUGGCGCAGAUGAGUAUUAGGGUGGCCGGAGGCAGGCGAGGCGGAGGCCACUGAGGAGGCUUCUGGCUUUUCUAGAGAGACACCUCCCGCUGCACUGACAGUGCUUCCUGUGACUCUGAAAUGGCUCUGAGGACAGCUCACAGGGAAUUUGGAGUGCUGAGCUGAGUGGCUGAGAGCUGCUCACCAUGUGUGGGGUCUGUGCUCCUGUCCUAUGGAUACAUGUGCAAUCUUUAUGUAUGUUUUGGCUGUGUAUUACAGUGUUUAUGUUGCAACUUCGCCUGAAGCAUACCCACAGAAGUCCUCCCCUCUCCCCUUGGCACAUAUUUGCUCGAAGAGACAAGUGUCCCACCGGAGUGUGUGAGUGUGUGCGUGUGUGCGUGCUUGUUUUGUUCAAAGCUGGGAGUAUCUGUUUACUUCAAUGUAGAAAUCCCAAGAGUCACUUGGACAGUAUGAGUGUGUUUACAUGAGUGUGCCCAUGUGUGUGCACGUGCGUGCUGGAGGCAGAGGCCAGGCCUCUGGGGAGCAACCUGUGGCUGGGUCGAUAGAAUGUUGUCUGCACCUGGCCAGGGAGGGAGCCCUGACCCUGGGUCGACCAGCACAGAGAUUUGUAACCAAGACUGAAGGUGCAAUGUGGCUUAGAUCACACAUUAGUGGCCUUUGGAAAUUUCUAAACUUUUAACAUUUUUAACAGUCUUUCAUGUGAUUCAUCUGUAUCAAAGAGGAUCAAGAAAAGAGAAGAAUGUAUUUGAUUGUGUUUUUUGUUUUGUUUUGUUUUGUUUUUAAGAGAUUGGGACAUGUGAGUUUCCGUGGAAGGUGUCCCUAGCCUGGCCAGCAGUCCAGGACCCCCAAGGGAGAAAGCUGGGUGGGCCACAGAGAGUCUUGCCUCCCCUGGCCAGAGUGCAGGAGGGCUCUGCCCCUAAGAAUGCCUCAGAGCAGCCAUGCCACUGCAGGCCAGUGUCCUCUCUCAGAGUCCUGGGCUUGGCUGCGCCUCGCCUGAUGGACUGGGGUGGGGCCCCCUAGCCAGCCCCCGUCCUCGCCUGGUUAUACACUGAAGCAGUGCGCACACCACUGACGGCGCCCGCACGUCCGCGGCAGCCCCGCCCCACUCCCUGACGGUCUGGUAUCGGAUGCUUGCUCAGUAUCACUCCGUGCCUUGCCCACAUGAAUUUGUUGACUAUUUAAUGAGGUUUCAUAUUUAAUGAAGAAAGUUCCCUAGUCCCUCUGUUCUCUAUUCUUUUUCUUUCUUUGUUUUACUUCUGUUUUGACUUGGAUCCAGCCUUCUUCAUUUUAACUCUCUAGUACUGUAACCACAGACACCCUCUACUACCGUUGUCUUACAGCACUGGUAACCAAAGCCCUCUUCACAUCUGAUAGGGUCAGGACCAUUUUUACAUUCAGAUUUGUAAAGGGCAAAAGACCAAUUCCGAACAGUAGUAGAAGGGCCUCGGGCCUCCCAAAGCGGGGCUAGAUGAAUUUUUCCUGAGUGUUGGCGAAGAAUGUGAGGCAGGGAGAGAGAGGGUGUUACAGGUUAGAGCAGAACAGACAAAACAACUGUGUGUCUAGGCAAGAGGAUGGUGUCACAUGGUCCUCAGACUUUUUCCAAAAUAAUGGAGUUCAGUCAAUCUCAUAGUAUCACAAAUAUUUUUUUUACAUUUCCAGUUUAAUUAUAGUAGGAACUUUAAAUUCAUCAACUAGAAAGAAAUGCUACUCAGAGACACAAGCAGACAAGCAUAUAUGUACAUGAGUUUUGGAUUGUGACUAGUAUAGCACUUUAAGUUUUCUCAACUAACUUCAAGUUACUGUCUUUAAUAUUGAUUGGAUUUUUUUUUCUUUUAUAUUGAAGUCUGUACUAUAUAGAUUCUUCCAUAUUGAGAGUCUGAACAAUUAAGCCGCUAUUGGAAAUUUUCCUUAAGCCACAUGAGCAAGAACAAUCUCUCUAGCACAUCUGGGUGCUGGAGAAACAGGACAAUGGCUGGAGUAGCCAAGACCAAGGACUGAAUGUACAGCGGAGGGCCUUGACAGAGUGACCACCUAGUCUCAGGAGGAAGAGAAAUGUGUGCUCCACAGAGGCCCAGGGCAAGGAGGGGCCUCCAUGCUAGCCUGCAGAGUCCCCCUUUGGUACAUGUAUGCUGAUUGGUGCCCAGACACUUGUCACAAGGAGUAUUACCUCAGGGUGGGAAAGAACACGUGUAACCUGUGGAGUCAGCAUUGAAACAAUCAGGAAUGGACUCCACAAUCCCAGGCUAACUUAGAAUUGGAAGCCAGGAGUGUGGCAGUGGGUUUCCAGUUUCAAAUGCGCAUGAGCUGGGUGAGGUAUAGAGGGGGACACAAGCACCCAUACUACUGAAUUGGGGACUAAAAGGAAAAUAUAUUUGUUAGGAUUUUAAGAGUCUGAGUAAAUUUCAAUGUCAGAUUAAGUGGGGGCCAGUUUUGCUUCCAAACUCAGAGUAAGUUUGUGAACAUGGAAAACUAAGCCAAGAGAUUUAAACCUCUAGAAGUGUUAAUGAUAUUCUUGGGAGUAAAACUACCUAAUAUUGUAUUUUAAAGUUUCUAGCACUAUAGAAUUUCCAUGAAAUAUCUUUGGGACCUACUAAAUAGUAGGGCAUAGAAAGAUUGCACUCAGCUUCUGUAAUUUGUGUUAAGAAUAUUUUGGCGCUGGGAGGUAACCUGACGUGGUUUGCUGGUAACUUGCAACUAGGAUUUUUCCCUAGUUGAUCUGAAAAAAUACAGACUAGUCCUGGAAACGGGGGUGGACUUAGGAUACUGCACUAUAUUCCAAAUGAUUCUAGAUGUAUAAAUACAGUAUAAACAUACUUGGGGAAAGGGAGAGGAGCUUGACUCCUUAGGCCAACUCUGACAUUUUUAUUCCCCUGACUAGCUACUAAGGCUUGAAAAUCCUGGGUUAGCCUCGUGAGUAAACAGGCUGCCCCCGAAAGCUGGCUGUCAGUCUCAGCUCCCGGAAGCUCAUGCUCUCAGGCCUGCCGGGCGUGCAGCUGGCUGACGGUGGCGCGGAAGGUGGGAUUCCGUGGACCAAAAAUGAGGCCGUAGGGAAGCUGAAGAGCUGCAAGAGCCUAGGCAGAUAUUAUACCAAAGAAGACAAGUCUUUUGUCCCCAUGCUUCUAAGGUGAUGAGGUUAUAACAUGCCAUGGGAGGAGAACCCUCAUACAUUCCACAUCAACUAUUUGGCUAAUAAAAUAAUGCAACCUCAAAAGGUAUACUUUUUUUUUUUAACAAGUCCAUUUUGUGUUUUAGGGGAAAAAAAGAUGAUGACGACGACGAUGAAAGCCUUAGCAGAUUGUAAAGUUCUCCAGGAUUUAAGGAGAACAAUCUAUUCCCUCUCCCCUUGUCAUGACUUCAGCUUGGGAGCAUCACUCCAUAGGAUACUGAGGGCUGAGGGUUGGGUUUUUUUUUAAAGAGAUGUAGUUUCAGUAGGUUUGUUUGAAGAACUCUUGCGAAAUUUCUUAACAAAAUGUAAUCAUUUUUAUAAAUCUUCCAACACAGGUGUUUACACUCAUCAUCACCAUCAUUUAAUGUUUUAAGUGCCCAGAAUGUACAAGGUGCUGUACAGCUGCUAAGCACACCCUCCGCGGCUGUUUGAAACUAGAGUAGGUUUUUGUAUCAGGUAUUUUAGGAGCUUCGCCACUUGAUGGGCUCCCGGCGCCUGCUUUCCACACAGCCCCGUUACAUGUUUCCCACUCAGAGAGUUUCUUGCUUCCUACUCACCCCCGUUUUCUUUAAAUCAAGAAAGUUUCAGGGAAUCAAAAGAGGUCGGAAAUUUUUUUAACCUAGCAGAAGUACAGAGUCAUAUAUUUUGCUACGAAUAUUGUACUAUGGAAAAUUCACUUUGCCCUUACAGUGUGUGGAAAGUGAGUGUGUGUAUGUACUUACAGUAAUUUGAACGUUGAACUUCAGGGUAGCAUUUUUGAAAGAUAAACCACACUGCUUCAGAAAACUUACUCCAAAUGCUUACUAUUUGGCUAUCCCUUCCCUUAGCAGGGUUAAAAAGUGGUGUGUGUGGAUAGGCUGGGUUGGGAUUUUCUGCAGAUAACGCAGGGCAUUUGACAUGAGGUCAAGGCAGAAGUAAGAUGUUAUCCUUCCGGGUGAUUUGAAUCAUGGCGGUCCUCAUUCCAAUCUUUCUAAUUCCCCGUGGCUCUGCCCACACUUUAUAGUUGAAAAUGUUUCUCUUGCUCAUUCCUGAAGCUUCACCUCUGUACUUAACAUAUUUUAGCGUUGUGUAAAUCUACCAGUGAACUGUCCCCUCUGUCACCAGGUGGCACCACAUAUUGGUUUGCUGUGGUACUUUGCUGUGUUCUCUGUGGCAUCAUGUUACUGUGUAAAUAAAUUCGUUUCAAAAUACACUGAAAA